AUGUAUUUCGCUAAGAAUUUCGUUGUAUUUAUGCUGAUGGUUUUGUUCGUUAUCGCUCCUGAUUGUGAUGCUUGGCGAAGGCGUCGUCGACGUCGCUGUACUCCGCGAAGCUGCGAAGUUAGUUCUUGGUCGUCCUGGAGCACGUGCAGCACAGAUCAGUGUGAGCAACAAGGAUCCCAAAGACGAUCAAGAACUGUACAGUCCUCGCCAAAUUGUGGGGGAGCGCAGUGCCCUGAUCUGGAUGAAACACGGCUGUGUUAUGGAUAUAAACCGAUGAAUUGUCACUUAAGCUCUUGGUCAGAAUGGAGCGCUUGCACUUCUGUGUGUGGCGUAUCAGGGAAACAGACAAUUUAUCGUCACAGAAUAACAACAGAACAGUGUGGAGGAGUAUGUAUGUCCACCUUCUAUAAAACAAGAGCCUGUCCUCUCACGAGUUGUUUAAACGGAGGAAGUUUAAGAGGUGAAACAUGUUUCUGUAAGAAAGGCUUUGGUGGAAAUUGCUGCGAGAAAGAAGAUUCAUCUUUGUCGACGGGUGGAAUUUGCGGAGUAGUCAUUGGCUCAGUCGCCGGAGUGUGUUUUUUUUAUCAUCCUAUCCAUCAAGUUAUACAAGUUAUACAAGUUAUAUAAAGAAAAGAAAGAAAAUCGAGUCAUAAUAUUUAAGCCAAGUUGAUGUUUAUAGUCUGCCUGGGUCUUGCAAGUAGCCAACUGAUAUUCCUCUGUCUCUUAAGGGAUCCCUAAGGUACCCCUUGUACCAUAAACUGUUUUGAGAAGAGCAGUUAACCAUAAUAUUAUUGCUCAGAUGAUUACGGAAGGAACAAGAAAUUACCGAGCUCCCAAAAAUGGCCCUUGAGUGACUUGUUUUUCUUGAAAGAUAGUGCUUUUGAUGUAAAUGUCACGCAUAUCAGUUAUUGUGGGCUUGCCUAGUUAUAUAAUGACUGCAUAUGAUUUAGUUUUAGCACAGUCAUAUUGUAGUGAAAAUUUCUCAAUUUUAAUGUGCUGAUUGCAUUACAAUAAUCAACUUUGUGUAACGCAGUUGAGCUCUACAAAAUUACAAACAUGAAAUUGAUAUCAUGAUCGGGACAAAAAUUUCCUCUAAAAAGGAAAUUGUAAAUACGAAUCAUUUCUCUCAUGCUGAAAAACAAACCGGCUCAAUGGAGCAGGGCUCAGAAAAUGUAGAAUAUGAAGGAGGAAGUUCGUCGGCAGUAGCUCCAUUUUGCUUUAAAGAGGCUCUGGUUCAAUGCAAAUAACAAGCUCAGAAGGAUUACUCGAAUGAAUUUUUCGCUACGGCAAGCGUGACUUUCCGUUUCAGCUUCUAAGAAACGAUAUCUUCCUUUCUCGGAAUUCAAUAAUCAUUGUUAUUUAUGGAAAGGAAGUUGUAAGGAUUACUUUGUAAUCUACUGCGACACUAGAACACUGCAACCCGAUGGACGCUGUCACAUGCGGUUAGAUUAUAUUAACAAACCGAAUUUCAUUUUUCCACCAGUAAGGAAGUGGUUAACUUUUAAAUUGUAAACUUUGGGUCCACUUUGAAUGGCGUAAUAAC